CCCAGUGGCCCUGUCUUGGCCGGCCCUGUCCCCCGGGUUACAGGGCCAGAACCUGGAAGCAGAGCAUAGGACCAGCCAGAUCCCGCCAGGCUCCCCCGGGGCCUCUCCAGUGCCUCUGUGCCGCCUGGAGCCAGGCCCGCCUUCUCCAUGGCUGCCGUGGCCUCAAGGGCCACCAGCCUCGCUCCGCAGGUUUCCAAAGAGAGGACGUGGUGCCCUGACCUGACUGGAUGCGCCUCUUACCACAUGCCUCCCUGGCAGGCAGGGUCUCCACUUUUUACAAAUUUGCCUGAGACCAUUCCUCAGGUCGUUCAGGUGGUCAUGGCCCAGCCAGGCUUUGAACCCAGGCUGUGCGAUUCCACAGCUGGCGCUCUGGCCUGUGUGCCUCAUGAUCACGGAUACAGCAUCUAUUCUUAUUUUUUCCUGUAGUCCUGGGGUACUUAGCACCAUGGCAUAUCUGUAAUAAGCACAUGAACACCUCGAAGGAGGUCUUCACUUCAACAUGCAAGUUGACCAUGGCAUGCUCUGGGCUCCAGUCCUCUACAAAGAUGUAGGGCAGGAACUACCAGUUGUCAGCACAGCACCAUCCCACAUUGCUCUUCUAAUGGAGCCUUUCACCCCAGAUGUUCUUUCUCGUCUGAUGGGAAGGAUCCAAUUCUGACACAUCAUGAAAGCAGGGAUUUGAGGGCCCAGGGACAGCAAAAACUCAGUUGACUAUUCAAGCCAAGUUUAAGACUGACUGCUUUCUCUUGACCUGUGGGCAGUUACAUCUGAAGGGGGCUGAUUGUGGUACAGCUGGCAGUUCAUAACCAAUGAGGGCUGUGUGCUUCUGCUGUGAAUGACAUCACACAAGGCUGAGUGGGAAAAUACUUUCCCUUGAGAUUCUAUUUAAAAAUCAAAAGUAGAACUUUAUUAAAUCAUUCUUGACAAUGCUGUACAACUGUGGCCCUUCCCAUCUGUCUACUCACCAAAGACAUGGAGAUCCGGGCUUCCCUUAGCACAGAGCAAAUCAGCCAAAGAGCCUCAGGCCUGGGUAGCCUGGGGAAGAGAAGCGGUCUUAAGGGGAAGAAUUCCGAUCAAGUAAUCCUGGAAUAUUAAGCCUGGACCCGUGACCAAGGUGUAGACUAAGAAGUGGAGUCAUGCUUCACACGGCCAUAUCAUGCUGGCAGCCAUUCCUGGGUCUGGCUGUGGUGUUAAUCUUCAUGGGAUCCACCAUUGGCUGCCCCGCUCGCUGUGAGUGCUCUGCCCAGAACAAAUCUGUUAGCUGUCACAGAAGGCGAUUGAUCGCCAUCCCAGAGGGCAUUCCCAUCGAAACCAAAAUCUUGGACCUCAGUAAAAACAGGCUAAAAAGCGUCAACCCUGAAGAAUUCAUAUCAUAUCCUCUGCUGGAAGAGAUAGACUUGAGUGACAACAUCAUUGCCAAUGUGGAACCAGGAGCAUUCAACAAUCUCUUUAACCUGCGUUCCCUCCGCCUAAAAGGCAAUCGUCUAAAGUUGGUCCCUUUGGGAGUAUUCACGGGGCUGUCCAAUCUCACUAAGCUUGACAUUAGUGAGAAUAAGAUUGUCAUUUUACUAGACUACAUGUUCCAAGAUCUACAUAACCUGAAGUCUCUAGAAGUAGGGGACAAUGAUUUGGUUUAUAUAUCACACAGAGCAUUCAGUGGGCUUCUUAGCUUGGAGCAGCUCACCCUGGAGAAAUGCAACUUAACAGCAGUACCAACAGAAGCCCUCUCCCACCUCCGCAGCCUCAUCAGCCUGCAUCUGAAGCAUCUCAAUAUCAACAAUAUGCCUGUGUAUGCCUUUAAAAGAUUGUUCCACCUGAAACACCUAGAGAUUGACUAUUGGCCUUUACUGGAUAUGAUGCCUGCCAAUAGCCUCUACGGUCUCAACCUCACAUCCCUUUCAAUCACCAACACCAAUCUGUCUACUGUACCCUUCCUUGCCUUUAAACACCUGGUAUACCUGACUCACCUUAACCUCUCCUACAAUCCCAUCAGCACUAUUGAAGCAGGCAUGUUCUCUGACCUGAUCCGCCUUCAGGAGCUUCAUAUAGUGGGGGCCCAGCUUCGCACCAUUGAGCCUCACUCCUUCCAAGGGCUCCGCUUCCUACGCGUGCUCAAUGUGUCUCAGAACCUGCUGGAAACUUUGGAAGAGAAUGUCUUCUCCUCCCCUAGGGCUCUGGAGGUCUUGAGCAUUAACAACAACCCUCUGGCCUGUGACUGCCGCCUUCUCUGGAUCUUGCAGCGACAGCCCACCCUGCAGUUUGGUGGCCAGCAACCUAUGUGUGCUGGCCCAGACACCAUCCGUGAGAGGUCUUUCAAGGAUUUCCAUAGCACUGCCCUUUCUUUUUACUUUACCUGCAAAAAACCCAAAAUCCGUGAAAAGAAGUUGCAGCAUCUGCUAGUAGAUGAAGGGCAGACAGUCCAGCUAGAAUGCAAUGCGGAUGGAGACCCGCAGCCUGUGAUUUCCUGGGUGACACCCCGAAGGCGUUUCAUCACCACCAAGUCCAAUGGAAGAGCCACCGUGUUGGGUGAUGGCACCUUGGAAAUCCGCUUUGCCCAGGAUCAAGACAGCGGGAUGUAUGUUUGCAUCGCUAGCAAUGCUGCUGGGAAUGAUACCUUCACAGCCUCCUUAACUGUGAAAGGAUUCGCUUCAGAUCGUUUUCUUUAUGCGAACAGGACCCCUAUGUACAUGACCGACUCCAAUGACACCAUUUCCAAUGGCACCAAUGCCAAUACUUUUUCCCUGGACCUUAAAACAAUACUGGUGUCUACAGCUAUGGGCUGCUUCACAUUCCUGGGAGUGGUUUUAUUUUGUUUUCUUCUCCUUUUUGUGUGGAGCCGAGGGAAAGGCAAGCACAAAAACAGCAUUGACCUUGAGUAUGUGCCCAGAAAAAACAAUGGUGCUGUUGUGGAAGGGGAGGUAGCUGGACCCAGGAGGUUCAACAUGAAAAUGAUUUGAAGGCCCGCCCUCACACUACUGUCUCUUUGUCAAUGUGGGUAAUCAGUAAGACAGUAUGGCACAGUGAAUUACUAGAUUAAGAGGCAGCCAUGUGCAGCUGCCCCUGUAUCAAAAGCAGGGUCUAUGGAAGCAGGAGGACUUCCAAUGGAGACUCUCCAUCGAAAGGCAGGCAGGCAUGUGUCAGAGCCCUUCACACAGUGGGAUACUAAGUGUUUGCGUUGCAAAUAUUGGCGUUCUGGGGAUCUCAGUAAUGAACCUGAAUCUUUGGCUCACACUCACGGACAAUUAUUCAGCAUUUUCUACCACUGCAAAAAACAAAAGAAAAAAUAAAAAAGAACAACCUACAGUGUAGGAUUUACAUAUUAAAAAGACACAUUUGUCUAAAACAUACUCUACAGAAAAAUUUGUAUCUGAUUAUCAUUUGUUAAAGCCUUGCAUCAUACCAUAUUGUUGGUUCAGUACCACAAAGAGAUCAAUAUAUUCUUUUCUUCCUUUUUUGAAACAUAUAUGCUGUACAUGUUUUAAAGCAAUAUGAAUGAGAGGUUGUGCUUUUAGUUACUCACCACUAUAGAUCCAAGUGUGAUUUCACCUUCCGUUACCUACAGAUGACCCUGAGACUAGAUCCCUGGAGUUAUGGGCAGAGAUAUUUUGAGAGAUGUGUUUGUCUGAUGUAGGAUGCCAAGAAACAGGACCCGAGGCAAAACUGCUCAACUCUGUUAACUUCUGUUACUAUAAAUAAAGGCAUGUGCCUAGUUUUGAUACAGAAUGGAAUAUUUUUUAUACUUGUAAUAAUAUCACACUGGACCAGUUUACUGUAAACAAAGAUUUCUCCAGAAGGUGGUACACCACUAGAUGUACCUGUAAAAUGCAAGGUAGGUGUUAAUAAUGAAAAUGAUUCUUUUAAUCACUCCUUGAUUUUACUUUCCACAGUCACUAUUAGCGGGUUUAACAGAAAAUGGAAGAAGAGGUAAUGGUUACAAAUAACCAUAGGAUAAUAUUCACCAGUAGCUAAGAUCAAGAAUUCAGAUGUUCAAAAUCUCCCUGAAUAAGAAAGAGUUCUUCUCAGAUGCCAACACAAACCAGGGUGAUACAUACAUAACAUGAUGUUAAUGCAAACAAGGAUUUGUUUAAAACAUGAUAGCUGCCUGCGUGCUAGAUUGCUGCUGGUCAAGGGAACAUCUAGCUACUGCCACUCUGAUGUUCUCUACUUGAAUACUGUACACACAAUAUUACCUUGAAUAGACAACUGCAGGGUUUCUUCCUGCUUCCUUACCAAUUAGAUUUUGUUUUUUUCUUUGAAAAUUAUCUUGUAUAAUAAAGAGGAAUUUGUCUUGUUUUCUAAGAACUGAGAAAAAACGGGGUGGAUUAAAAAACAUUUAGUGUUUUUUUUUUCUCCACUGAAGAAAAAGCAAGGUUAUAGCCCUAUAAAUAUGUUAAGUUGUGCUAAUUUUUUUUCCUCUCUCUGACCCAAGGAUACUUGUCCAAUUCAGUUUGUUAUUAAUGACUGUUACUCAGAGUUAAACAUCCCAGUUUUUAAAAACUGAUGUCAUGCCAUGACCACCAGUGAUCUGGUUCAGAGCAGGCAUAAUUUCAUUUGGCUAAAUGUUCAGUGAAUGACUUUCAAAGCAUAUGGUUAUGUGAUCUGAGAAAGCAUUGAAUGUGGACUGUGUUCAUGCAAUGUCAAAUAUUUAAUCAGCAUAGAAGUGAUAGGAAAUAUCUAUACUUUUCCUGUUUCAAGAGGGAUCUGAAAAUAGGUCAUGUUUUUAAUAACAUGUAAGCUGGAGUAGAAACUCUGGGGUUUGCUUCUUGACAUAUUGGAUUGGCGGGUUGACAUUCAAAAGGCUGGCUUUUUUAGUUUGAAAUCUGAAAAUUUGAAAUUUUGAAGAACAUUAAUAAAAUUAAAUUGACCCCAAUAAAAGUAGGAUAAGCCCAGAAAUUAUUUGGCCAAUCAGAUAGCAACAGAGUUAAACCCAUUUCUCCCCUAAUAAAGGGUGGAAAAUAUGAUGAAAGAUUGAAGAAUUGCCUGUUCAAGCCAUUUUUCAUUUGACUUUUCUGAUGAUUAUCAUAGAUCUUUUAGAAUUUUAUUUUCCAUUUGUGCCAAAUACCUUAUAUCAAACAAUGCAAAUCAAGCUCUGCUGCAAACUCUGUCACAAAUCCAACUUGUGUGCAAAUGGAAUGGGGUCUUUCAAAUUUAAAAAUGAACUGUUAGAGAUUUCAAAAAAACUUCCAAAAGUUACUAGAAAAUCUUUAUUUUGCAGCAUUGUGUGAAGUGUAGUAUUCAACUAAUUGUCAUAAAAGAGAAACAUUGAGCAAUUAAUAAGAGGGCUUUGUGAUUUUCACUGCUCUUUUGUCAAA